AUGGCAUUAUUGUUUGCAAGUAAGACAGUUAGUUGGAGUUCAUAGAAGAACGUGAUAUCAACUUAAGGAGAAUACAAUAUAAUAUACCCUAUAAUUAAAGAUGGCCAGCGUUAAGCAAUAUCAAGCGAUGAAGGUGAAGUUUAGCAACAAUGUUCAAGCUACGAUUAGUGUGAAGCUCAUCAAUGGAGAUGGAGAAGAUCCAGCAGAUGUUUAUGGAAAUAUAUCUGGUCGCUUCGGCAUCGGUUCUCAGUUUAUAUUAUUUGAUAAGAGCCAAAGUCAAUAUAUUGAAGUAAGGCCUGGGGAAUUCAUUCCCUUAGAAAGGGAUGAGGUGGUUGUGCCUGGCGAAGCGAGUGAACUUGAGAUUACAGCAUACUUGAUGGAUUAUGAUACUCUUUCUUCCGACGAUGAAAUUGCAAAUGGUAAGGCUGUGUUUCUAGUCAAAUCUGCUGGUGAAAGUGAUAAGAAACCCAUUAGUGGAAAGUAUGGCUCUAUUGAAGUCAAUGUUGUUUGGGGUUAAUCUUGAUUGGGAUGGCUCCCAAUCAAUCCCGGUGCAGGUUACUAGCUAGCUAGUAUAACUAAAUAAAACAUGGAUUCUAAAUUCCUGCACUAGUGUUCAAGUAUCCUAUGCGGUCAUGUACUACUUCAAAACAAUUAUCUAAUUAUAUGUUUUUCCUACUCAACAGAGUAUGCGUGAAUGUGUGUUUUUUUCCUAUAUCGCCAAUCUUUUCCCAAUUGUGAUAAUCGUAGAAUUUCGACCGACUAA